UGUGAAGCUGCAACAUAGACACACGCAAACGGAUUACAACCUUGAUUGAGGCCCCUCCCCCGUCGGACUCGUCCGGGACAUUGCUGAAGACGUUUUUACCCCCCACAGAAGAACGCGUUUUCAAUCCCGGCGUGGGGAGGCUAGCGGUGACGUGUUUGGGGUCCCGUUGUGAAGAAUGAAGAGGAGGCUGCUUCAAGCGUGACGACCAUUUAAGUGAGGACAACAUGCGCACAUUCCUCUCAGCACUGGCCAAUAAGGAGCACCCAGGUGGCGAUAAGAAAUUGGACUGUUAAUUAUUCGUUUCCGCUUGUCUUGGACAACUGGAUCUACGCGUGGAUCUGCUUUUCUACAACUGGGAAUUGGAAUUGUCGCUUUUGGAUUAUCCCUUGUGGGAAUGAAGAAAUUUUUUGACUCUCGCCGGGAGCUGGUAAGCUCGGGGCCUGGUCCGGGAGCCGGCGGAGGUGGCGCCGGUUCAGGCGGCGGAGGCAGCUUCAUCGGCCGGGUCCUGAGCAUCGGACGACAUCAAGUGACCAUCGAAGAGAUCGUGGCUGAAGGAGGUUUUGCCAUUGUGUUCUUGGUGCGAACGAAUCAGGGUCAACGGUGCGCUCUUAAGCGGAUGUAUGUUAACAAUGAGCACGAUCUACAAAUCUGCAAACUGGAGAUACAGAUUAUGCUGGACCUUGUUGGCCACAAAAACAUAGUUGGCUUCCUGGAUUCCAGCAUAGCCGCAGUUGGUGCUGGUGAUGUCUGGGAGGUCCUUAUCUUAAUGGACUUCUGUCGAGGUGGACAGGUGGUUAACCUCAUGAACCAGCGCUUACAGACUGGCUUCACAGAGGCAGAGGUGUUGCAGAUUUUUUGUGACACAUGUGAGGCUGUUGCUCGUCUGCACCAGUGCAAGACUCCCAUCAUUCAUAGAGACCUCAAGGUGGAAAAUAUUCUUCUGCAUGACCAAGGACAUUAUGUGCUGUGUGACUUUGGAAGUGCUACAAACAUCUUCCUGAACCCGCAGACAGAUGGUGUACCUGUCAUUGAGGAGGAAAUCAAAAAGUACACGACUUUAUCAUAUCGCGCUCCAGAGAUGGUCAACCUCUACGCUGGUAAAGUCAUCACAACGAAGGCAGAUAUAUGGGCUAUGGGAUGCCUACUUUAUAAAUUGUGCUUCUUCACGCUUCCUUUUGGGGAGAGCCAAGUUGCUAUCUGUGAUGGCAGUUUCACUAUUCCAGAUCAUUCACGCUACUCCCACGAUAUGCACUGUCUCAUCAGAUAUAUGCUGGAACCAGAUCCCGACAAGAGGCCAGACAUCUAUCAAGUAUCUUAUUUUGCUUUUAAACUGAAUCGACAAGAGUGUCCUGUUCCAAAUUUACAUAAUUCAUCCAUUCCUGCAAAACUUCCCGAGCCUGUCAAAGCCAGUGAAGCAUUGGUUAAAAAGAGUCAAACCAAAGCCAGGAUCACAGACCCCAUUCCUACCACAGAAACUUCAAUAGCACCUCGGCAAAGGCCUAAAGCUGCCCAGACACAACCGCAGCCCAUAUCAGGCAUUCUUCCCAUACAAGCCGCCAUGACCCCACGCAAGAGGCCCAACGUUACCUCCGGAGCACCCCAGGCCAUAGUUGUCGGGAGCAAUGUCCCACCUUCAGCUCCUGGUGCUGCCCAGACUGUUCAACAGACUCCCACAAUGCAGACCACCAGCAUUCAGCCUCAGGUCACACUGCAACCUCAGCAGCUCCUCAUGAAACACCAGCAGCCUUCUGCUUUCUUACACCCUCAGAAUAACCAGCAGACAGGUGGAAGGGGGCUUCACAAAGUCAGCUCCCUAACACCGCCAUCAUCACCGAAGAUGGCGACCAAGAGCGGCCACAGACGCAUCCUGAGCGACAUUACUCACAGCGCCAUCUUCGGGGUUCCCGUCAGCAAAUCCACCCAGCUACUGCAAGCCGCCGCGGCCGAGGCCAGCCUCAACAAGUCAAAAUCAGCCAGCACAACUCCUUCUGGCUCCCCAUGCUCAUCCCAGCAGACUGUAUAUCAUCCAGCAGACGCUGAUACUCUGUCUGCCCGUGUUACAACCAAUCCGCAGCCCAGCUGGAAUCCCUUUGGCGACGAUAACUUCUCCAAGCUAACUGCGGAAGAGCUGCUUAACAAAGACUUUGCGAAGCUAGCUGAGACUGCUGCACCAGAGGAAAAUCCAAGGGGUGACAAUCUCAUUCACGGUCUCAGUUCAUUUCCAGACAAGUUGAUUAAUCAUGGACCGAAGUCUCACGAAACCUCUCUACUCCACCCUGACCUCUUAACCCUGGCUGAACCUCUGAGUACAAACGCUGCAAAGGCAGGGGUGUGUGUGGAUUCACUGAUUCCUGGGUUGGAAGCCCCUCGAGCCCAACGGCAAUCGGCCCAGUCAGAGCUCACUUCUGCCAGCAUGCCAGAGACUUUAACUGGGGAGGACUCUCUGCUGGGCUGCCAUCUUCUAUCUCAUUCUUCGCCUCAUGGAAACCAGAGUGUUUCUGCUCUGAAUGUUUCCUGCUAUCGCCCCUCUGCACCUCUCGGUUCCUGCUCCGCAUCCUGCCUGGAGGAGCGACAGCCUGCCCAGGCUGCUGUUGACUCUCCUUUCCUAAUGUCGCAAGUCGGGAAAGGAAAUAAUGACGAGUUUGACCCUAUUCCCGUGCUCAUCUCAAAAACCCCAGACCAAGGUGGGCACUCACGCAACAACAGUGGCAGUUCAGAGUCCAGCCUUCCCAACUUGGCCCGCUCCCUCCUACUGGUGGAUCAGCUCAUCGACCUCUAGAGGGGGUGGGAAAGGUCGAGGGGGCAGUUUGCAACCCUAACUUUGGGACCGGGGAGGAGGGUCAGAGAUUUGGAAAAUGUAGCAUCUCGUGUCGGCGAAAGAGAGGACUCGGCAUAGACUUGUUCACCUUAGGCCCUAUAGGCUGUUCGCAUAAAGCUCUGCUAACGUUCCCAUUAAUGCUUAAGCAUAUCUUCUGCCACUAACACGGCUACACCAUGGCCUUCUUCAUGCUUCCCCCCCCCAUAAUCGCUCAUUUAACGUGCGGCCAUGGUGGCGUACUUCCAUUUCAUGACGGAGUCCUCAUUCACUGCUGCUUUGCUUUCCCUUUGUGCGAGUGUGUCUGUGUGCGCGCACGUUGAAGGUUGAAGCUUCAUUUGAAACCGCUCAUGAUCAAAAGGGUGUAAAUUCUCUCAAAACGUGCACAAUAAACUUGCAGGUAGCCCUCAUAACUGGAUAAACACUUACCCGGAUUGACCCACUAAGAGAGAAACUAUCUGCCCGGACAGAUUUUUUUUUUUUUUUUUUCAAACAGCUGUGGGUUUGUUGGUGCAUUCGGUUUCAUACACUGAAAGCACACGAAAAUAUUUCCAAGAUGAAGAAUUAUGAAUGUAGAGUAAUUCCUGGCAUGUGUCUCAAAACGUUUGUCCAUGUGGUCUAUUUCAAAUGUCUUGUUAAAAUCGGGAAGCCAAAGCGGUAGAAUAAUGAAGUGACGCACCGUCAGGAGACGUUCCAUUUGUUUUAAAAUGAAGUCAAGACGACUUGUCGCGUCCUUGUCAAAGGCAGAGGGGAAAGACACCUGAGUGAAGCUCAGUGAAUACGUUGACGUGUGAAGCCGUAAUCUCCUGUUGGAUGCUUGGGUUGAGCUGGCAUCAUCGUAGGAAACCCCCAGACCAACGUAGCGCCCUUUGCACAGGCUCAAAUAACAGUUUUUUUCUUUAGCUGGAAAGUUACUCCCAUCAAUACAGUGUUCCCCUGGUUCAGAAAACAAUAUCUAAACAUGAACAUUAUUAACCGUUUUUUUUUUCUUUUUUUUUUGUGGUUUUGUCAUGAAACACAUUUUUAAGUAUGUAAUCGCAUCACAUCUGUCAUGACUCUUUUGAGUGCUUUAGAGUGAAUGUAUACAUGUGACAUGUAAAAUGUAUAGAAAAAUGGAACAGAGUCCUUUUUGUUUAUAAAUGCUAAGAUGUCGUGAACUUUUUUUUGCCUGUCUUUUCUCUAUCGUGUUAGAUCUUGGUGUGAAACAUCAUGGGGUCAAGGUCUCCCAUCCACAUCUAUCCAUUAGGUUGUUUUUUUUUUGUACAAUUGAAGCCAGACCUUUACAUCAUUUCAUUUUUUUUUUUUAAUCUUACUGUCUGAAGUCAAAUCAGACUAAACCUCUCCUGUUUCAAGUCACCAAAAUUAAAUGCCAGAAAAAUGAGAGAGAACAUUUCUUAGAGUAUUUUAUAUUGUUUUCUUUAAGCUCAAAAGUGUACAUUUCCUUAGUUUGCAGUAGCAGUGUUGUGGGUUAAAUGUUUUGGGUAUCGUUCAAUAAACUUCUGACAGUACUCCGCUGGAAUCCUGGGCCAAAUCCUCCUGACAGGACUGGUGUAACUGUCAGGUUUGUCGGUUGCCUUGCUCGAACACGCCUUUUCAGAUCUGGGCAGGUCCACAAAUUUUUGAUGUGAUUCAGAUCAGGGCUUUGUGAUGGCCAUUCCAAGAUAUUGACUUUAUUAUCCUCAAGCCACUCUUUCACCAUUUUGGCAGUAUGAUUAGGGUCAUCAUCCAUUUCUUGCCAGCUUCAUCCAACAUCUUCACAAUGUCUUUAGCUUUUGUUCUGGGGUUGAGUCGGACAUUUCGGGCCAAAACUCGUUGAUCUCUGGGACACGGAGCCGGUCUCCUUCCUGAGCGAUGUGAUGGUUGGACAUUCCCAUGAUGUUUAUACUUGUGUAUAAUUGUUUGAACAGAUGAAUAUGGCACCUUAAAGCAUACGGUAAUUGCACCCAAGGAUGAGCCAGACUAGUGGAGCUCCGAUUUAUUUUUUUUUUUUUUUUACUCUUAUUUCCUGGCUGAUUUCUUUAGAUUUUUCCCUUGAUUUCAAACAAGGAAGCAGAGAGUUUGAGGUAUGGCCUUAAAUACAUCCCCAUUUGUGCUGCCAAUUAACUUGCAUGUUGUUGUUUUGUUAUUGUGGCAUUUAAGAGAAUUAAAUAAUUUGGGUGAUCUUGACUGACCUGAGGCGGCACGUUGGAUAAGCUGGUAAAGCAUUGGCUUCACAAUUCUGAAGACCUGGGUUCAAUCUCAAUCAGUUCAGGGUGUACCCCGCACUCCUGCCCGUUGACAGCUGGGAUAGGCUUCAGCACUCGCCGUGACCCUUGUGUGGAUAAGCGGCCAAAGAAAAUGAAUGGAUGGAGGACUGACCUGAAACAGGAUUUGACCUGAGAUUGUGAGACAAAAAGGUGUUUUUGCACAGUAAGUAAACCUCUGGCUUCAACUGUACAGUAGCUUUAUGAUAAGAGCUCUAAAAUAAGAAAUGGACAUUAUGUGAGCAAAUUGAAGAGUGACAUUGUUCUCUGUCACGGCAAAUAAGUUGUGUCGCACAGACAACGGACUGUAUUUGUCACUGCGAGUCUACGUGAGUCCUCCCAAUUGCAAAACAACUGUUGGAAGUGAAGACAUACAGCACUUGUGCAAUCUUAUGGUUUCAGUCUUGGUGAAGAGAAAUAACAAAUCAGGUAGUUUGCCUUUUAACUGCUUGGUGAGAGCCGCCCGCUAACAGCUGCCGUCGACGCCGCCGAGGUAAGACUGACCGUGCGCUCGCCCGUGCCCGUCUUGUCUAACUGCGCCUCCCUCUCCUGCCAAAGCCCCCUCUCCUCCUUUCUUCCGACUCCCUCCCCUCCCAUCCGUUUGAACUGUGGAGAGGAAGUUGUGGAAACAAGGCUUGCGCCGUGUUGUGAUGAUGAAUGUCGUAGAAUGUGCGUGUUUUUGUCAUGACACGUCGUCGCUUUGUAAGAGGUGCUUAUCCUCUAUGUCCGACGGACCUUUCGAUGGAUAAAUGAACUUAUUCUCUUCUGCUUUU